AUGGUUGGCAGUAAGCACUGCGAGAUUUCAAGUUUGUUUCAUUCGCAGGCUGAUCCCGUAGCCUUCCGCAUAGUCUUCAAGCAGGAAGAGGGCUUCGACGUGCACGAAACUCGCGAGUUCGACCUGGCGCUGGGCUCCAAGUUCGCCAUCGGCCGAGCUUCCAAGAACACGUCCAAGGGCUAUCUGCUCCCAGCAAAGCAUAAUGUCUACAUUGACAGCCCAGUGGUCUCCCGCGAGCACGCCAUCUUGACCGCCAACGCAGCCACAGGAGCCCCGCAGGUCUACAUCACCGACACGGCGUCCAUGCACGGCACCUAUGUGAAUGGUACUCCGCUCGUCCCUCACACUCCGAAGCAACUGUGCAACGGCGAUAAGCUGCAGUUCGGUGUUAACGUGAACCGCAACGAGAGCCCUGCUGACUCUCCUGCGGGCUACUUCGUUGCUUACAGGUACACGUACAAUGCCGAGCUCUCCCACCCUGAGCCCUUCUCACGCGGCUUCACCGUUCCAGAGGCAGAGUCCGAGGAAGAGGAACUCGACUUCGUCCAGUCAGGUUGUGGAAGUCUGCUCGAUCCGCUCGUUCUCGACGACUCUGAUGCUGAGCCGGAGUACGAGGCGCACGAAGAGCACGCAAAGCAUGCAGAACACUCUGAGGACAAUGGCGAUGUGACUGUGGCACAGCUGGAGGAGGGAGAGGAAGUCGUCGAGGUCGAUAACUCGUCUGAAGAGGAGGAUGCCGCUGAUAGUGUUGCUGACGACAUUGCCGAGAGCGACGUCGAGAGCGAUGCUGCAAGCACGGGCAGUGCUCCUGGUUACAGUCCAGAGUCGCCAUGUGUUCAUGGAGCCCAGCACAUCGAGGAAGCCGCGAAGCUGGAGGAGAUUACUGCGGCCGAGCAAGUGCAGGCAACACCGGCCGAGCAAGUGCAGGCAACACCGGCCGAGCAAGGUCCGUCCUCGGUGACUCUGUCUCUCUCUCUUGAGCAGCCACAGGUCGAGCGAGCACCAGUGGACCCCUUCUUUCUCGAGUUCGGAUAUCCUGCCAUCUCAGACCUCCCACCCCCACCACCACUCCCGACGUUGGAUCAGAGGUUCGGAGGCACCUCGUUCACGAGCGCAUUCGAGCCUCCACUCCCCCAAACAUUUGCUCCCCCUCUUCCCCCACGGCCUUCGCAGAAGCGCCAACGGAUUUGGGACGAGGCAUUGCAGGAGGAGCAGAAUUGGUUCGCGGAAGCGUCCUCGACCACGCCCUCAUACUCGUCCGCUGGCUCGAGUGACUACAUUCGCCUCGCUCACAACAUGCUUGUGCCACCUGUGGAGCGCUUCCCCGCCUCCCUACCAGCUGCAGACCGCAUCCAGACUCCGCCACCCACAGUGGCUGCCAAUGUUGUCAGCUCAUCAUCCCCACCUUCCUCGUGCAGGACCGGUGUUUCCAUCAUUGAGAUCGUUGACAAACAACCGCCAACGCCCACUUCGAUUAACAGCCGUAAACGCAGCGCGGACGACGCGUUCAAUGAGGAGGCUGAAGAGGCCAUCGAGCAGAAGGUGUCGGAGCUUGAGACGGAAGGACUUGCGAUGGCUCAGUCCAUUCUCAAGGUCGUCACUUCUAAAGACGGUGUGCUUCCUACUGUCGAGCAGGUUGUGCCUCAGCCUCAGCGACCCAUCGCACAGCCAAGGCCUAUAUGGAGGAGGGCACUUCGUGCAGCUGGUUUGAUGGCGUCAGCCACCGCCUACACCGCCUUGGGCGCAACUGUGUCUAUCGCCGCUCUCACAGCACUGCCAGAGUCUUUCUUCACGGUGGCCUAG